AAUAGAUUACACCUUCAAUGAUUCUUAUCUAACACGCGUCAACAAACACAGAAAUCCACGUGACCCACUUAAGACAAUAAGAUCAAUAACCAAAAAAUUUUUCGAAAUAUACGAACCAGUGGCAUGUCUGAAUUUCGACAUAGUUCCAAAAACUCAGUUCCAAAUUAAGUUUUGAGUUCCUAGUACAGGUAGCCAGUAGUGUACCAUCAAACCAGUUUCAAUUUUGAAUCUUUUGCUAUUAUCUAGUUUAGGUAUAAAUCAUAUCAAUUCUCAGAAGAAGUAGCAUUAUAGGCGUAGUAAUUUUAUUUUAUCGUGUCACUUUUUAAAAACAAACUUUUAAUGUCCAGACCAAUUGUUAUCUCUGGACCUUCCGGUACUGGUAAGUCCACUUUAUUAAAGAAAUUAUUUGCUGAAUAUCCAGAUAAGUUUGGAUUCUCAGUAUCUAAUACAACUAGAAAUCCAAGAGCUGGUGAAGUUGAUGGUAAAGACUAUCAUUUUACUAGUGUCGAAGAUUUUAAAAAGGCUAUUGAAGAAAACAAGUUCAUUGAAUGGGCUCAAUUUUCUGGUAAUUAUUAUGGUACUUCUAUAAAAGCUGUUAAAGAUGUGGCUGAUCAAGGUAAAACAUGUCUUUUAGAUAUCGAUAUGCAAGGAGUUAAAUCUGUGAAAAAGACCGAUUUAAAUGCAAGAUACUUAUUUUUAAGUCCACCAUCCAUCGAAACUUUAAGAGAAAGAUUAGAAGGUAGAGGUACUGAAACUCAAGAUUCAAUUGAAAAGAGAAUCGCUGCAGCUACUGCUGAAUUAGAGUAUUCCAAAACUGGAGCUCAUGAUAGAAUUAUUGUAAAUGAUGAUUUGGAAAAGGCUUAUCUUGAAUUCAAGGAUUUCAUAGUAAACGGUAACUAAGAUAGACUAUUUAAUUAAUAUAUACAUAUACAUAUACAUAUACAUAUAAUUUUAUAUAUAUAUAGAACUUUAUAUACGAUAUGGAUCACGUGAAGUUAACGUCCUCGUUACAGUUGGGCCUUUUUCACUAAUUGGGUUAAUGCAUUAGAUUGCUAUUCAAUUUGAAAACUGUAUAGUUAAUCAUUUGUGGAUAGUAAUUAUAUGUAACUUGUGCCGUUAGACAAUUUUGCGUAUUUUCUAAAUAAUAACUAAUUUACGCAAACAAACUUGUGCGCUAAUUUAAUUAUGUCUAAUUUAAUUUAAUUUGCGCUUCCAUAAUAUUUAAUUUUCAUCCUGAUGGCACAUUACGUCUCUUCAAUGACCAUUACAAUAAUGAUGGAGUAAAAGUACGACGAUUAC